UUUCUCUAUUUGCAAUUAGUUGUUUCGAAUAAUGAAUUGAAAGUGUUUAUCACAAUGAGGGACUAUAGUUUUGUGUUUUUGUUGUUCUGUGGUUAUGUUUUGGGUAAUACUAUCAACAAUAUCCGCUUGAUAGACCACACUAGUUAUGUGGCUGACAUGAUACAGAAGACCAUUGAGGCGGUGGAGGAGAGGGAAUGGUGCAAUUUGAAGCUUCCAGACGUUGAACAAAAAUUCCACGAAGAUGUCAUAACAAGUAAUGUAUCUGGAACCGUGAAGUAUCAAAAUGGGUUUGUAACCGCAAUCCAGUUUAUGGACAUCGAACAAUCGUCAGUUCAGCAGGUCUGGUUCCACGAUAGGGUUGCCAAUAUCACCACAUUAUCAGUGAGGGGAAGAUUGAGAAUGUUUGGAGUUAAAGUUGGGUAUGACGUCAUCGCCGAAUUGAAUGAUGGUGAUCACAGAUACACUGCCGAAUUCUUGCAUCCUAUGAUCAGCUUUUUGUUUUCGGUUAUUCAAGAUGUUAACAAGGAUGAAGGAUUGACGAUGAAAGUUGAAGGGACGGUUCCAAACACUAUAGCCGCUAACAGACCGUCACUAACACCGAUGGAUCACACAUCUAGCGUCAUUACUAUCAUGUAUAAUUUCCAAUCCCUGACGUCGGCUGGCAUGCUGGCAUGGGGCCCAGAAGUAUUUGAACCUAUUGCAAGGGAUCUUAUAGAAAAUAAACUGAAAUUUCCGACCAUCUGUUACAACUGCCCCGCUUAAUGAAUGGGACGUUGAAAGCAAAAGAAGAUUAUGAAUUCUAAAAUAGUCUUUAUUUCAUUGUAUAUACUGGCUUACACUUAUUGUCCUUUCGUUGUUUGAUAAUAAUAAUACUAUUAUGUGCUAUAUUAAACGUAAUCGAGGAAACAA